AGGACUACCACCCUUUACUACAUGUGCCCCUCGAACUUCCUUACUCUCGACUUCUCCACCUAUAGUCCUUGCUCCGUCGCCUACUUGCUUUUUCCCAAACAUUCCCGUUCCUGCAGCACUCGACAGACACAAUGGAUCGACCAAGUCACAUUAUCGACCCAGAAGGAGAGGUGAUUAUAGUCUUGCGCAAUGCCAAUUCUCCCUUCGCACCAGACGAUUACGAUGACAUGAAUGAAGAAAUGAAUUCUCUCAAACUCUCAGAAACAUGUGAAGGCCAGCCCAAUGAGCAACCUGACGAGAAGCGACUUGCCGAAGAACAGCCUUCCGAGACGCCAAUUGAGGAUGCGCACCUCAGCGAAACACCAGAUGGGAAAUGUUUCCACAUUCAAGUCUCCGCGAAACAUUUAAUCUUUGCGUCCCCGGUCUUCAGAAACAUACUCACUGGAGGUUGGAAGGAGAGUGUGGCUUACCUGUCGAAAGGUUCCGUUGAGAUUACUGCCGAGAAUUGGGAUAUUAGAGCGCUAUUGAUAUUUCUUCGCGCAAUUCACGGACAACAGAGCCAAAUCCCUCGGAAAUUAUCUCUUGAGAUGCUCGCUAAAGUUGCUGUUUUGAUUAACUACUAUGACUGCAAAGACUCCGUGUCUAUUUUGACAGAUCUAUGGAUCAAUUCUCUGGAAGAAAGCAUCCCCACAACCUAUUCCCGGGAUGUAAUGUUGUGGAUCUGGGUCUCUCAGUUCUUCAAACUGUCUUCACACUUCAAGGCAUCAACAUCGAAUGCCAUGUCACAGUGUGAUGGUUGGAUCUCUAGCCGUGGGCUCCCAAUCCCCGAAAGAAUCAUCAGGUCAAUGAACGAACGUAGGAAUGGAGCCAUUGAAAAAGCAUUUGCCCGUCUUCAUAAGAUACGUGAAGACCUCCUCAAUGGCACUCGAGGCUGUGACUUUGAAUGCAGGUCUAUGAUAUAUGGAGCUCUCACAUUGGGGAUGCACUCACAAAAUCUGCUUUCAUCAACACUUGCAGCCCCUUUCCAGGGCCUGAGCUACCAGAGCCUACUCCAGAAGGUGAAGUCAUUUAACUCGCCGAAGUGGAAUCAUCGUGGGAAUUAUAUGUAUGACGAGUGUCGUCCGUCCUUCUUUAAUACUUUGGCUGGGGAAUUGAAUGGUUGCAUUGGAGGCCUCGAUAUUGAUUCUCGUUUCAAGUUUCCAUUGUUUCGUUAA